AUGCUAGAGAAAAUUGGGUUACCCUCAAAACCAUCACUGCGGGGGAAUAAUUGGGUGACUGAUGCCUCACAUUGCCAAGGAUGUUCUUCACAGUUCACUUUCAUCAAUCGAAAGCACCAUUGCCGCAGGUGUGGAGGCAUAUUCUGCAAUAGCUGUACCCAGCUAAGGAUGGUGUUGCGCGGACAAGGGGACUCAGCAGUGCGUAUUUGUGAACCCUGCAAAAAGUUAGAAGAGGCAACACGAUUUGAAAUGCGAUAUGGGCAUAAAACUAAAGCUGGAAGAGGUGGUUCCAAACUUGCAUCAAAGAAAGAGGAUGAGAUUUUGAAUCAGAUUUUGGGUAAUGAAGAUAUGCUUUCCGGACCACAACUGACAAGCAGCGCGUCAUGUUCGAAUAUUAAGGAAUCAUCCACUCAGAAUGGAGGGGAUAUAGGUAGAAGUAUUUCUUUUGAUCAGCCUGCUCAAGCUUUAACAGAAGUGGGAUCUGCUACUCCUGAAGACUUGCGUCAACAGGCCGUGGUUGAAAAGAAGAAAUACAGAACUUUGAAAGCAGAAGGAAAACCUGAAGAAGCCUUAAGAGCCUUUAAACGGGGAAAGGAGCUUGAAAGACAGGCCGGAGCUUUGGAGGUUUAUCUGAGAAAAAGAAGUAGAAUGGUUUCCUCUUCCAGUUCUACGAAUGACAUUCAGCAAAUUAAAGAUGAUUCUAUUUCAUCUGGUGAGAAUAAUAAGCUCCCCAUUCAGAAGAGCAAAGAAAAGGAUGAUCUUGCUGCUGAACUGAAAGAACUGGGGUGGUCAGAUUUCGACCUUCUUGAUAGUGGAAAAAAGUCAGCAGUGACGAGUUUGGAGGGUGAGUUUUCUUCGCUUCUCGGAGAAAUCCCUCGAAAACCUAAUAAAGAGAAGGGAGUUGUUGGCACCGAUAAGUCCCAGGUCAUUGCUCAUAAGAAGAAGGCUCUCGAGCUGAAGCGUGAAGGGAAACUUGCUGAAGCCAAGGAAGAAUUAAAGAGAGCGAAAAUUCUUGAAAGGAAAAUUGAGGAAGAGGAAUUUUUGGGUGAGGCCGAGGAUUCCGAUGAUGAACUUUCUGCAUUGAUACGUAGUAUGGAUGAUGAUAAACACAAUGAUUUGUCGGCACAAUAUAAACACGAUAUUAUUUUUGAUUUUGAUAACUUAGUUGGCAUUGCUGAUGAUGAUGGUGUAGAUGGCAUAUUUGAGGUGACAGAUGAGGACAUGUGUGAUCCAGAGAGUGCUUCUGCCUUGAAAUCAUUAGGCUGGACUGAGGACUCUACUUACUCAGAAGACUCUGGUAUUGAGGUUGUACCUCUUAACAGGGAAUCAUUAUUAACCGAGGUCCAAUCCCUGAAAAGAGAAGCUCUGAAUCAGAAAACGGCGGGCAAUACUAGGGAGGCAUUGGCACUGUUAAAGAAAGCAAAAGUACUUGAAAUGGAACUUCAGAGUUCUGAUUCUCAUGGAACUGAAGUUUCAGAUUCCCAAUCUGCAGAAGAACCUUUUAUUCCUAUCAAGGUGGGUGUUGAAAAUGUAAAUGACGUGAAAGAUACGGGCCGAAAAUCGGCUCCAAAGAGUAAAUUGAUGAUCCAGAAAGAGCUUAUCACACUGAAAAAGAAGGUUCUUUCUUUGAAAAGGGAAGGGAAAUUAGAUGAGGCAGAAGAAGAAUUGAAGAAUGCAAAGGUUCUUGAGGAGCAGCUUGAAGAGCUAAAUAAAGCGCCCACAGUCAAGCACCCAAGCACUAGCAAUAAGCAAACUUCCAACGCUACAACAAUUGAUCUCGGAAAUGAAGCAGAAGUGACAGAUGUCACAGAUCAUGACAUGAAUGAUCCUUCUUAUCUAUCACUUUUGAAGAACUUAGGGUGGGAGGAGGACGAUAAUGAAAACGUUCUAUCCACCUCUUCCAAAGAAAAUAGAAGUUCUUCUAAAUACACUGGCCACUCCUCUGUCACACAGGCCACUGCCAACUUUGAGACUGGGGCAUCUAGAAAAAGUAAGAGUGACAUUCAGAGAGAACUUUUGGGGUUAAAAAGAAAAGCUCUUACCCUGAGGCGCCAAGGAGAGGUUGAGGAGGCAGAUGAAGUGCUGAACAUGGCCAAAUUAUUGGAGGUGCAGUUGCAAGAGUUUGAAGUACCAAUACAAAAAGAAGUUUUGGCUGAAAAUAGCAAAGGAAAUGCAUCCAUGGAUGCUCCCCAAAAUGCCAUUUCUCUUCUUCAGUUGGACGGCCCCAAUAGCCUCACUGAAGAUUUAGGAAGCAAAAAUAAGAUCACAGUGGAGAAACCAGAAGUAUUUAGUGAACCCAUGCAGCCACUUACCCAUGAGCCAACCUCUACUCAGGCAACUAUAUCUCAACUUGAGUCAAGUUCCUUUGAACAAGAUAUCCUGGCACAUAAGAGGAAGGCUAUAACCUUGAAGAGAGAAGGGAAAUUAGUGGAAGCCAAGGAGGAGCUUCGACAGGCAAAGCUCUUAGAGAAGCGCCUGGAGGACAGAUCUCAUCCCAACACUAGCUCUAGUGAUACAUCUUCCUCUGAUGUCUCUUCUGUAGAAAAGAAAGAGGCAAGUCCAAAGUCAGUCUCCAAGCCAUUGUCCGGCCGUGAUCGGUUUAAGCUGCAGCAGGAGUCUCUUAGUCACAAACGUCAAGCACUUAAGCUACGAAGGGAAGGUAGAACUGAAGAAGCUGAUGCUGAAUUUGAAUUGGCAAAAGCUCUUGAAUCCCAAUUGCAGGAGUUGGAUGCACAUGGUAACACAGGGACUUCUGAAAAUGCUGAAUCAGUAGAUGGUGUUAGUAUUGAGGAUUUUCUCGAUCCACAACUUCUGUCUGCUUUGAAUUCAAUUGGACUAGAAGAUACCAGAAUUAAGUCCCAAAGCAUUGAAAGACCCGAGUCAAAUAAAUCUGUGACAGUCAGGAUUGGCAAUGCCAGUGAAGAGAGAGAGCAGUUAGUCGAACGUAUCAAGGCAGAGAAGGUGAAGGCAGUGAACUUAAAACGUUCUGGAAAGCAAGCCGAGGCCUUGGAUGCUCUUAGAAGGGCCAAACUUUAUGAAAAGAAGUUGCAGUCCUUAACUUCCCAGUCUUAA